UGCAGGAGGGACCAGUACGUGGGACUCGGAGGAGGCCAGGCCAGGCUGAUCCGGCCCCUGGGCGCACUGCCCACCUUGAGCGCCAGGCUCCGGGGCCCGGGGAGCGGGACUGGGCGGGGGCGGCGUGCGCGGAGCUGUCCAGCACAGCCAGGCGGGGCGGGCGCCCCCGGCCCGCCCCAGCCGCCUCCGCCCGCCCUGCCAGCGCCACUGCGGCUCGGCGGGCGCGUCACGUGGCUGGCGCAGCGCGGCCUCCAGGCUCCGGGCGCGGGCGAGGGGCCGGGCGGGAGGACCGACAGACCCACGGACGCACUAGCGGCGGCUAUCUGCCGGUCUGGCUGCGCGCAGCGCGGGGCUGCCGGGGGCGCCGGGGCCGGGUGGGCUGCGUGCUGCGGGCAUGGGCGCGCCGGGGGGCCCCGGGCGCAGGCCGGCCUCGGCGCGGCGCCCGGGGCGCGGGGACAGCGGCGGGUGGGGGUCCUCCCUGGCGACCGCCGCUGAGCCCCCGCGGGGCCCGUGACGCCGCGGCCGAUGUGGCCCCACACGCGCUGCGGGCCUGCACCGCCACCGCACAAAGACGCCGCCGAAGCCGCCGCUCGCACCCGGGCCGCAGCCGCCCCCGGGAGCCCGAGUCCCAGGCCGAGCCCGGGGGCAGGAGGCGGCGCCCGCGGGCGGCUGGCCCCGGCAUGGAGAAGCGGGCGGCCUCGGGGCCUGAGGGGGCGCCGGGCGCCCGGGCGCAGCUCGCCGUCGUCUGCUUGGUGAACAUCUUUCUCACGGGGAGGCUCAGCAGUGCUGUUCCUGCCUUAGCUGCCUGCAGCGGGAAGCUGGAGCAGCACACGGAGCGGCGUGGCGUCAUCUACAGCCCUGCUUGGCCCCUCAACUACCCACCGGGCACCAACUGCAGCUGGUACAUCCAGGGCGACCGUGGGGACAUGAUCACCAUUAGCUUCCGCAACUUUGACGUGGAGGAGUCGCACCAGUGCUCUCUGGACUGGCUCCUGCUGGGCCCCGCAGCUCCGCCCCGCCAGGAGGCCUUCCGCCUCUGCGGCUCUGCCAUCCCGCCCGCCUUCAUCUCGGCCCGCGACCACGUCUGGAUCUUUUUCCACUCAGAUGCCUCCAGCUCCGGCCAGGCCCAGGGCUUCCGUCUCUCCUACAUCCGAGGGAAGCUGGGCCAGGCGACCUGCCAGGCGGACGAGUUCCGCUGUGACAACGGCAAGUGCCUGCCGGGCCCGUGGCAGUGCAACACGGUGGACGAGUGCGGGGACGGCUCCGACGAGGGCAACUGCUCCGCGCCCGCCUCGGAGCCGCCGGGCAGCCUGUGUCCUGGGGGCACCUUCCCGUGCAGCGGGGCGCGCUCCACGCGCUGCCUGCCGGUGGAGCGACGCUGCGACGGCACGCAGGACUGCGGCGACGGCUCCGACGAGGCCGGCUGCCCCGACCUGGCGUGUGGCCGGCGGCUGGGCAGCUUCUACGGCUCAUUCGCCUCCCCCGACCUGUUUGGCGCGGCCCGCGGGCCCUCGGACCUUCACUGCACGUGGCUGGUGGACACGCAGGACCCACGGCGCGUGCUGCUGCAGCUGGAGCUGCGACUGGGCUACGACGACUACGUGCAGGUGUACGAGGGCCUGGGCGAGCGCGGGGACCGGCUGCUGCAGACGCUGUCCUACCGCAGCAACCACCGGCCGGUGAGCCUGGAGGCCGCCCAGGGCCGCCUUACCGUGGCCUACCACGCCCGUGCCCGCAGCGCCGGCCACGGCUUCAAUGCCACCUACCAGGUGAAGGGUUACUGCCUGCCCUGGGAGCAGCCGUGUGGCAGCAGCGGCGAGGGCGAUGGGGGUGACUCAGGGGACCAGGGCUGCUUCUCAGAGCCCCAGCGCUGCGACGGUUGGUGGCACUGUGCCAGCGGCCGAGAUGAGCAGGGCUGCCCAGCCUGCCCGCCCGACCAGUACCCCUGCGAGGGCGGCAGCGGCCUGUGCUACGCACCUGCCGACCGCUGCAACAACCAGAAAAGCUGCCCGGACGGCGCUGAUGAGAAGAACUGUUUUUCUUGUCAACCGGGAACCUUCCACUGCGGCACCAACCUGUGCAUCUUUGAGACGUGGCGCUGCGACGGCCAGGAGGACUGUCAGGACGGCAGCGACGAGCGCGGCUGCCUGGCAGCGGUGCCCCGCAAGGUCAUCACCGCGGCGCUCAUCGGCAGCCUGGUGUGCGGCCUGCUGCUGGUCAUUGCCCUGGGCUGCGCCUUCAAGCUGUACUCGCUCCGCACGCAGGAGUACAGGGCCUUUGAGACCCAGAUGACGCGCCUGGAGGCGGAGUUUGUGCGGCGGGAGGCUCCGCCCUCCUACGGUCAGCUCAUUGCCCAGGGCCUCAUUCCGCCGGUGGAGGACUUUCCUGUCUACAGUGCGUCCCAGGCCUCGGUGCUGCAGAGUCUCCGCACAGCCAUGCGGCGGCAGAUGCGCCGGCACACCUCCCGCAGGGGGCCCUCCCGCCGCCGACUCGGCCGCCUCUGGAACCGGCUCUUCCACCGGCCGCGGGCUCCUCGAGGCCAGAUCCCGCUGCUGACUGCGGGGCGCACUUCACAAACGGUGCUGGGCGAUGGGCUUCUCCAGCCCGCACCAGGGGCUGCCCCGGAUCCCUCCGCACCCCUGACAGACACGGGGAGCCCCAGGGCAGCCAGGGACGGACCCUCUAGUGCCCCCAACCAUGCAGCAGAGGUGGGACCUUUGGCACCACGCCCACCCUCAGGUCCACGAGACCCGGAGUGCAGGCCUGCGGACAAGGACACAAAAGCCGGCAGGGACGCUCUGGUGGACAGCCCAGCCCCUGUGGACACAUCUUGGGAGCCCUGCUCCGCCCAGGACUCCCACGCCCAGUCCCCCACUGCCAGCAGCACCCUAGGCCCCCACUCACCAGAGCCACUGGGGGUCUGCAGGAGCCCCCCACCACCCUGCUCCCCGAUGUUGGAGGCCAGUGACGACGAGGCCCUGCUGGUCUGUUGACCCGCCGGGCUCGCUGGUGACCCGCCCACAGCCCCGCUUUGUAACCAGGGAAUACACAGUUGUUUGUA